AUGCAUUCGAUAGCGAGAGCCGCGCCGCGUCUCACGCGAGGCCAUCGCGCGGCGGCCAUCUCAUCCCCGUCAGUGUCGUCAUCAACGUCAUCGCUACCGACGCGGCGGCAGCAGCAGCAGCAGCAGCAGCAGCGCACCUUCACUACCAGCGAGAGCUUCUGGUCAUCUUCAGCAUCGCCAUCAUCGUCCUCGUCCCCAAAGUCGAAGGCAAGGCCACAGGCAAGCAGGCCAUCGGCGCCUCCACCGCCGUUCGAGCUCGUCCCGACAUGUCCGUCGCCGACGUGCGAGUGCGCCGCCACGCCGGCGAUGCCCGAGGGCUUGGACAUUGACUUCAAGAGCCCGCUCAACGGCGUCGUCUCGGGGUACGCCGAGCAGGUGCUCGUGUGCACGGGGCAGGACGAUUGGGUGUCGAGGAUCGAGGAGGAGAAUAGCGGGGAUAACCUCGCGGCGGAUUUGAAGGAGUUGUUUGGCCGCGGGGGGGAGUAUAGCGAUCCCUGGCACAACAUCUCAACCCUAAACGCCUCUUUCCCCUCCUCCGUGCCCCGACGGAGCGAGCUGCAGACCACGAGCGCCUACCUCCUCCCGAGCUUCAAGUACGUGCCCUUCUUACCGCGCGUCAGCUUCGACAGCGUCCAGGCCCUCGCAAAGGGCUACCUGCUGCCCGAGAAGCUGCACAAGAUGCACGACGGGAGCCUGUCGCCCGUCCACCGGGACCGGCUGACGCGCAAGGAGGCCUACCGGUCGCUGCUGUACGGGGUUCGGGACGUGGAGGAGGUGCUGGUUUUGAUUUGCGGGCACGGCGGGCGGGAUAUGCGGUGCGGCGUCAUGGGGCCCGUGUUGAGGGAUGAGUUUGAGAGGAGGUUUGAGGGGGUUGGGGUUGGUGUUUUGAGGGGACCUGUUGUGGUUGAUGAGAGUGGUGAGGGGGCUGGGAGGAUUGCGGCGCCUGAGGCGUCUGAGGACGGUGAGAGGAGGUAUCAGAAAAUGUCGGCGAGGGUUGGGUUGAUUAGCCAUAUUGGCGGGCACAAGUUUGCGGGGAAUAUCAUUAUCUAUAUCCCGCCCGGGCAGCUUAUGGCUAAUGGGGAGAAGCAUCCUCUGGCCGGGAAGGGGAUCUGGUAUGGUCGGGUUGAGCCGAAGCACGUUGAGGGUAUCGUCAACGAGUCGGUUCUCGGGGGCCGAGUCGUUGCUGACAUGUUUCGGGGUGGUAUUGAUGAGGAUAGAAAGAUCAUCAGACUUUGA